CACUCUGUGCUCAUUUUCAUGAGGGUGACACUCCCUGAGCCUGGACCCUGAACUCUGUCAUAAAGAGGAAGAUAUACUCUCUCUCUCUCUCUCUCUCUCUCUCACACACACACACACAUAGCUGUGUGCACCAAAGAAUACGCACUUUCAUACCGAGACUACUGAGCAAGAGUUCUACACAUAAACUGUCAAUAAUGGCGAAUAAAGGUCCAUCCUAUGGUUUGAGCCGUGAGGUGCAGAGUAAGAUCGACAAGAAAUAUGAUCCGGACCUUGAGGAGCGGCUGGUGCAAUGGAUAAUCGCUCAAUGUGGGGAUGGUGUAGGAAAACCCCAAGCUGGAAAACAAGGCUUCCAGGAGUGGCUUAAAGAUGGCUGUGUUUUAUGUGGGCUGAUUAACAGUCUCCAUAAAGAUUCAAAGCCUGUGAAAAAGGUCCAAAGUUCUGGAAUGGCUUUUAAACAGAUGGAACAGAUUUCUCAGUUUCUCGGUGCUGCCGAGCGCUACGGAGUCACCAAGUCUGACAUGUUCCAAACAGUCGACCUCUGGGAGGGUAAGGACCUCGCCGCCGUGCAGAUGACACUGAUGUCUUUGGGGAGUCUGGCUGUUACUAAGGACGAUGGUUGUUACCAAGGUGACCCUAGUUGGUUCCACAAGAAAGCCCAGGAGAACAGGAGGGACUUCACUGACGAUCAGCUGAAGGAGGGUCAGAGUGUCAUUGGCCUACAGAUGGGCACUAACAAAGGGGCAUCGCAGGCAGGUAUGACUGGAUACGGUCGACCUCGGCAGAUCUUCAACAACUAAUACAAAACCUGAUGACCUGCAAUCUGCAAUCCAAGUCUUUCUUGGCCCAUCAACAGAAUGGACCAGGCACUUCUCCUCAGUUAAACCUUCAACAUACAACUUAUUACAGCCAACAUUUACAAUCAUUUACAAAUCAGUUUUGUACUGCACAACAAAUCGCUACAGGUUCUUGUGAAAUUGUGGCAUUCUUUUCUUGUAUACAUUCCAUUAUUAAUCUGCUUCAAACACUUCAAAGGAUGCAGAUCUACAUUCCAUUAUUCCGACAUAAAAAAUGCAUUGUGUUGCACUCCAUGAAAAUGUAAGGUGAAUUUUGGUCUUGCACAGUUAGAUAUUUGGUGGAUUUUAUUUGUAUGCUCUUCUACGAUCUUACACCCUGAUCUACAGUACAUGAGUGUACUGCAAUACUCAAUCUGUUUAUAUGUUGAACAUGAGUAACUGAUUUUGCUAAUAAAAUUUUGUUCAGUCUAGAAA